AUGAGCUUGACGAGGGUAGACUUUGCUUGUACUGCAACAAAUGGUAUCAUUGUGGUGAAGGCACAUUCCGUAGCAAUCCCCAAAAAUUCACCAUUUCGCGUAAAGAAAACGCCAUUAAAUGGACUCAUGACACCGCAACCAAUCACAUCUCCAUUAGACCAGACGUCGCUAAAGCGAACAACUGGGCGACCAUACCUUACUGUUCCAUCUGAGGAGAACACCACUGAAUUAUCCUUUCCUGCCGACAUAGCCGACGAUAGUGGAGAACCCGCUAAUCCAAUAGAAACCAAGGCUUGUUCGUUGAGCAUAAUUUCUAUCGUCACCUCAAAGUAUAGAGCCUCUGGCAUGUCCACUACGACACAACCGCUAAUAUGA